AUGGCUGAUAUCUAUGCUAGUAUUUUCUACAAUCAGUCACAAAUUGAAUAUGAUUCAUAUAAUAAUGAUGAUCGAUUCCUCUGUAAUUGCACAAAACCAGGAACAUUUGGAAAAUACUGUGAAUAUGAAUUAACACACCAUGCUACAUCAUUUAAUGAAGCUAUGGAAGCUCAAUUUAAAGAUAAAAAAGAAGGUGAUUCAUGGAAUACUCAACGAUAUGGAAAAAUUCUUUGUUAUGACACAAUUGGUAAUCCAGACAGUGAUAUGUGCUUCGAUUGGCGAGAUAUUUGCGAUGGUCAUCAACAGGCUUUCUUUGGUAUGGAUGAACAAAACUGGGAUAUGUUGGAAUUUAAUGAAUGUGAAGACGAUGAAUUUCGAUGUGUCAAUGGUAUGUGUAUUGCAGAAGAAUUUUGGCUUGAUAGUGAUCCAGAUUGUAUGGACUGGAGUGAUGAAUUAAAACGUGACAGUGACAUAUGCUACUAUACUCCCAAUAUAAUGAAUUGUGACGAGCAUGUGUGUUCACGUCAAGAAUAUUCUUGUGGCGACGGACAGUGCAUUUUAUGGUAUGAUCGAAUACCAUUUCAACGGUGGUUCACAAAAGUUACCGAUUGUUUUAACAAACGAAAUCUGAAUUUUAUGUGUGAGUUGAGCUUGCAUCGACGUACUUGGACCCUCGCUAAUGGUUUAUGUUGGCCUGACGAAAACUAUGAUGAUCCUCUAAACUCUCCAUGGCAUAUCAUCAAUUCAACAAGCAGUGUUUCAAAUCAAGAAUGCAAUUAUCUAUUUCGAUGUUUUUUUACGGACAAUUUCGAACGAGACUGCCCAUGUAAAGACUAUGAUUGUAUUGAAAUAAUGAAACGUGUAUGUCCGAUGAAAUCUCACGUUAAUUAUCCACCACCAGGAGUGAUUAAUAACAAUACAUUCAUCCUAUACGAUUUGUCAACAUUAUCUAAAAAAGAUCCGAGUGAUUACAUGUUCUUUUCUUCUGGUGAAAUUUUAUGCAGAGGAUAUGAAUUCGUAUCUGAUUCUCAAGAAAUGUUCGGUUUAUCGCCUAUUGCGGUCGUAUUACGUGAUAUAAACGAAAGGCUUUGUACAUUACACAACAACCGAAAUUACUUUUCGUCUUUUCAACAUGACAAGUUUUGUUGGAAUGAAUCUUUAACAUUCAAUGGUCGCCCGUAUGCUGUUGCUCUUGAAGUUUGCCGCAGUCGAGGAUCUUGUAUGUCACAGUAUAGAAUUCGAGACGGAUCAGUAGACUGUCAUGAUGGUCAAGAUGAACUCGAACUAUUUGAGAAAGGUUAUUGUACAGGAAAUGCCGGUCGACAUCGCUUUCGAUGUUUUAAUGGCGAACACAAUUGUCUUCCGUUACACGGGAUGGGCAAUACACAUGAUGAAUGUUCGAAUAUGUUUGAUGAACUAUGGUAUGGUACUGUUAAUAUUAUUACUAAGGAUGGAUACUGUGGAAAACAAGAUAUUACAGCAUGUAAAGCUUUGAGAGAAUAUAUCAAGAUGUCAUCUACAAAUAUUACAGUUAGUAAUUAUUCGCUUGAACAUUCAGAAUCAUCGAUAUCGCUUACUAAUAUAGCAUUUCGACGGUAUUGUGAUAGCUUUUGGGAUAUGGAUGCACAAGCUGACGAAUUACCUUCUUAUUGUCGCUAUUGGGUAUGUCCCAAGUAUGAAUAUCAAUGUCAAACUGGUCAAUGUAUCCCAGCUGAAUGGGUAUGUGAUGGAGUAUGGGAUUGUAGCGAUGCUUCAGAUGAAGAAGCUAUUGUGCUCAUUAAAACAUGGUCUUCUCACAACACUAAUCUGUAUAAUUUAGAAAAUCGAACCGAACAAUGUCGAAAAAAAUAUUCACAGUUACCAUUUUCUAAAAUUUGCAAUGUUUCUUUUGAAUUUGGUUGCUAUCUAUCUCGAGUAUUAAAUCCAUUAGAUAUAGUCACCAAUCGUCCAUGCAUUAAUCUUACUCAAAUUGGAGACGGUGUUGAAGAUUGUUACAAUGCUUAUGAUGAAAAAAAUACAAUUCCAAUCGGUUCAACAAUGUUGGGAUUUCGUCUUCGUUGUGAGAACAGAUUCAUGGAUCAUCUAUUUGCCUGUCUGGAUGGAGCCGAUCAUAAUUGUACGCAAGUUCUCUGCUCCAAUCAUCGAGAUGGAAAAAAAACAUGUUCUGGUGGUUUUGAUUUUAUUUGUCUUGGAAAUAACAAGUGCAUGAAAAAUGUCAGGUGUGACGGCAAACCAGAUUGUCCACAUGGAGAAGAUGAAUAUUGGUGUGAUUUUAGCAUGGGUUCGAGUCAAUUCACUUAUCGUUGGGGCAAAGUCAUAUAUAAGAGCGUUAGUCAGUAUAGUUUCACUGUUGCAACAUUUCCAUUUGAAGAUGACAGUCAGUCUAUUCCCAACAAAGAAAAAGUUUCACACAUCGAAUAUCGAAAAAAUCAUUCUUUCAUGGUUCAUUCUUAUGAAUGUAAUCGAGGUGUAGCUAUUCUUCAAAUAAAUAAAACUAUAUGUUUGUGUCCACCUGCAUAUUAUGGAAAAUGGUGCGAAUUUUCCAGUGAUCGAAUCACCGUUAUUGCUCGUCUUGAUCAAGAAACAUUACCGAAAACAAUCAUAGACCACACCUUCAAAGUUCAAUGCAAUUUUCUUUUCCGCAAUAUAAUUAUCGAUUCUCAUGAAUUUAUCAUUGUUCGACAAAAUUCAAAAAUCAAAAACAUGAAACAUAAAUUUUAUCUUUUAUAUUCACGUUCCGACCAUAUGCUUCAACAUAAACGAACACGUUAUUUCAAUCGUAGUGAUAUAAUUAAUAACCAUCCAUAUUCGCUUCAUUUUGAUAUUUUCUUAUCAGAACAAAAUAAAACUAUGAAAGAAAUUGGUUCAUGGCAUUAUCCAGUUUACUUUGAUUAUUUACCUGCAUUUCGUUUGGCUGUUGUCUUGAAAUUUCCAUCAUGGUUCGGUAAUGCUACACUUGAUCCUUGCUUAAAAAAUAAUUGCACUGAAAAUUCUAUUUGCGCGCCACUUCUAAAUCUCAAUCAUUCCUAUUAUUGUUCAUGCAAGAAUGGCUAUUACGGAAGACAUUGUAGCAAAUAUGAACCUCUUUGUCAUAAGUACUGUUCGGAAAACUCUAUUUGUCGACCUAAUCAUAAUACUAUUCUAAUGAAUCAAAGAAGACCAUAUUGUAUAUGUCCACUAAAUUAUUUUGGGCCACGAUGUAUUUUAAAAAAUGAUCCAUGUUAUUCAGAUCCUUGUUUCAACAAUGGAACUUGCUUGGUUCGAGAACAUUCAAACGAAGAAGCAUCAUACAUUUGUAACUGUUCUACGAGAUUCUAUGGUGAGCAAUGUACCAAAGAAAAAGCAUUUGUGCAUAUAAAUCUCAAUAUGAAAAAUGAUUCGUUUGUUCGUGCAACUGUUAUUCAACUCUACAAUAUGAAUAAAACUACACUUCAUAUUCAAUAUCAACAAGUACAGAAUGGUUUGCCAUCAAGAUUUCACUAUGCUCAUGAAGGUCCUUAUGCACCACAUCUGGUAGACCAUUAUGAAGCUAUUUGUUUCAGUCAUAAUCCUCAAAUUGAUCAUUGUGGCAAAUGUUUAUCUAAAGGCCAAUGUCUUCAUGGUGAUCUAACCAAUUCAAAGGAUUUCAUUUGUCUUUGUCCAAAGUGUUAUCAAGGACCUCAUUGUGAACUCAAUUUACAAGCAUUUGGUUUUACUCUCGAUUCACUUCUUAUCGAAUUUUCCAAAAAGGUUAAAAUUAUUUAUGCUUCUAUAGCUUUAUUACUUUCCAUUGUGGGUCUUUUCAAUAAUAUAUGUUCAUUUAUUACAUUCAAAAGAUCUGCACCCCGAAAAGCUGCAGCUGGUAACUAUUUAUUGAUUACUUCUGGUCUCAAUGAGGCUGCUCUACUUUGCUUACUUCUCAAACUCAUAGAAAUCACAUUUGAAAUUUCUAAUGAACAUUUAUGCAAGCCAAUGUCCUAUCUUCUUUCUGUAUUAACAAGAUCCACCUUCUAUCUAACAAGUUGGAUUACUGUUCAUGGCGUGCUCAUGACUAUCUUUCCAAAUGGAAGUGCUUCGAAAAGUCCUCGUAUAGCUAUCGUAGUGAGAACAAUUACAUUGGUGAUCAUAUUUGCUAUGCAUGUACAUGAAUUACGAAUCUGCUAUUUUUUUCUUCCAAACAUUCUUGCUUCAAAACCGCUCCACAGUGAUAUGAUUAUAUCUUGGGUAGAUUUUGUAUUAACUUUUUCUAACACUUGUACCUUAACAAAAUGGAUUGCUUUUCAAGAAAUGAUAAGUAUCUUAGGCGUUCGGUUUUGUUUCUUUGGCUGAGAA